CCACACAUAAUACACCACUCCACUCACCUUCACCUUCACCUAGCUUAUCAAAGCAAAAAGAGAUAUUCAUAUACACACACUACCCAUGUGACCUUAUUUUCUUCCCUUUUUUCUUCAUUUUUUUCUCUUUUCAUUUUAUUUUUAAUUUAGAAAAAACACCCACCUUCUUAAAUUCCUUGCUGUUUACAGUUAAGUCAUGUCCCUACUUGUACAAAACUAGUUCAUGCUUUGCUUCCUUAUUCCUCAAUACACUACAAAUGCUCUUCAAUGUGAUAAGGGUCCAUCUUUUUCUGAUAAAUAUUUAAAACCCAACCACAAAAUCCAGUUUUUUCUUACCCAGAAAUUUUAAAAAGCAGAUAAUUUAAUGCUGGAUUAAUUACAAAAAUUGAUAUUAUUUGAUGGUGAUGAUGCAUAGCACGAGUGCCAGCCCAGUUGAUCUACCCAGAAAUCAUAUUCAUCAUCAUUAUCAGAUCAUGUCUCAAAAUCAAGAUGGAAAUCAAAAUCAAGAUCAACAAUCUAUCAUCAUCAACUCCACCUGUCCAAUUAGCUGGAAGCUUUACCAAAAUCCCUUUUUCACUCCUACUAAUACCAUUACUAAUUAUAGUAGUAAUCAUUAUAACAAUGAUAGUAAUAGUAGUAAUCCUCUGAAACUCAAACACAAGCAACUUCAGAGGAAGUACAGUACUACUGCUAAGUACCUUCAUCAUCCAUUAGAUUUCAGGAUGAAUAGUAAUGUUGUUGCAGAACUCAAGGCAGAGUUGGACAAGGAGAGGAAACUGAGGAAGAAGAUGGAAAGUUUGAACAAGAAGCUAACUAAAGAGCUUGUUGAUCUUCAUCAAGGUGUACCCGGAAACAAGAUAGAUAAACCGUGUGUAUGCGAAGAGUUAACAAAAGAGGUAUCCAGGUUGAAGGAGGAAAUAGAGAAGAUGAAGAUUGAGAUGGAUGAAGAGAGAAGAAUGUUGAGAAUGGCUGAAGUUUUAAGAGAAGAAAGAGUACAGAUGAAGCUUGCUGAUGCUCAUUUGUUUUACCAUCAGGAGUUUCUGAAACAGUUUUUACUGCAACAACAGAAAAACUCGGCAUCAUCAUCUUCAACCUCGGCCUCUUCUUUUGCUAGAAAAGUUAAGAAUGGUAGUGUACAGAGAAAGGCGGCAGUGUCACCGGAAGCUGAGAAUCCGCAUAUUAAGCAAGGGAUUAAAGGAUUUGUGGAGUUUCAGAGAGCGAUUAAGGCGAGAAAUAAUGGGAUUAAUGUUAAUACUACUGCUAAUUGUCAUUCUAGUUAUUAUAAUAAUAAGGUGGAAUGUCAGAAAGCACAGCUUAGAGUAUUGUUCAAGCAUAAGUGUUCUCUUCCAUAUUCUCAUCACCAUGAUCAUCUUAUUCUCAGUUAAAUUCAUGGGCAUAGUUAAAGAAAAAAGAUGAUUUGAAAUCAGUCUUUUUCUUUUUAAUUCUUUUGAUGAUUUUGAGGAUAAUGUAUUAUUUAUCAAUGUAAUUUUGUUAUGGGAGUAAUAAAGUGAUGGAGUAUAUAAAAUGUGGUAAGUUUUGCCCUUUUUAAAGAUUGGGUUUUUGGAGUUGAAA